AGGGGAGAGCAAUACAAAAGCAGCCUUGGAUCGAGCCGGAGAGGUAAGCGUUAAAGGGAGGCGGGGAGUGACGCGGUUUGCGUCUAGAGCGGCUCCUUGGAGUCCACAGCAUCCACCGCCGGAGCCUCGCCUUCCUUUCUCCGUCUGCAGACAUAUCGAGACACAAAAAGAGGCAACCCCUGGAUCAGUGCGAGGGACCUCACCCCAUCAUGACCGAGACCACAAAGACCCACGUUAUCCUGCUGGCCUGCGGCAGCUUCAAUCCCAUCACUAAAGGGCACAUUCAGAUGUUCGAAAGAGCCAGGGAUUAUCUGCACAAGACUGGAAGAUUUAUUGUGAUUGGUGGUAUUGUCUCUCCGGUCCACGACUCCUAUGGAAAACAGGGCCUUGUGUCAAGUCGGCACCGUCUCAUCAUGUGUCAGCUGGCUGUCCAGAAUUCCGACUGGAUCAGGGUGGACCCAUGGGAGUGCUAUCAGGACACCUGGCAGACAACCUGCAGUGUGUUGGAGCACCAUCGAGACCUCAUGAAGAGGGUGACGGGCUGCAUCCUCUCCAACGUCAACACGCCUUCCAUGACACCUGUGAUCGGACAGCCACAGCAUGAGAACACCCAGCCCAUUUAUCAGAACAGCAAUGUGCCCACCAAGCCCACUGCAGCCAAGAUCUUGGGAAAGGUGGGAGAAAGCCUCAGCCGAAUCUGCUGCGUCCGACCACCAGUGGAGCGCUUCACUUUUGUAGAUGAGAACGCCAACCUGGGCACAGUGAUGCGGUAUGAGGAGAUCGAGCUGCGCAUCUUGCUGCUGUGUGGUAGUGACCUGCUGGAGUCCUUCUGCAUCCCAGGACUCUGGAAUGAGGCAGAUAUGGAAGUGAUUGUUGGGGACUUUGGGAUCGUCGUGGUACCCAGGGAUGCAGCGGACACAGACCGGAUCAUGAAUCACUCCUCCAUACUCCGCAAAUACAAAAACAACAUCAUGGUUGUGAAGGAUGAUAUCAACCAUCCCAUGUCUGUAGUCAGCUCCACCAAGAGCAGGCUGGCCCUGCAGCAUGGGGACGGCCAUGUUGUGGAUUACCUGUCCCAGCCAGUCAUCGAUUAUAUCCUCAAGAGUCAGCUGUACAUCAACGCCUCGGGCUAGCAGAUACCCAGCUCUCUGCUCUACUCUCCCCGUGUCCUCUGCCAACACACUGUCAGACCCCGGUUUCUCUCCUGCCUCUCUGUUUCUCUGUCUUCAUCUUGACUGUUCUCCCCACUGGCUGACCUAACCCCCACAGUGUGGAGGGCCUGCGAAGAACCGUGGCAUACCCCAUUCCACAGUCAUCUUUGGACAAACUUUCCUCUAGUCUGCGGGUUGGGGGUGGGUAAGGGAACAGGGUGGGAGUUGGGGAAAGUGCAGCCCUUGGAGAUGUACUGGUGUCCGUAUCCCAGCAUGCUCUGGGGACAUGGCUCAGGCCCUCGCCUUCCCAGCAUGCCCUUUACCACAAAGGGCUAUUUUUCUUUUCUUUUUCUUUGUCCACUUCUUGUAGAAUUUGGAUGAAAUCAGUGUGUGUGUGAGUGUUUGUUUGUUUGUAGUCUUGAUGCUCUCCUGUGGUUUACUUCCCUUCUGAUAGGACACUAUAGCCAGUCUCAGCACUUGUAAGUGCGGAGGGCCACAUCCAGGAAAGAAGGCAGAGCCUCUCUGCUUUUCCAACACACAUACACACACACAUACACACACACACACACACACACACACACACACACACAGAGCACACACAGCACACCAGCAGCAGCAUCCCCAGACCCCUUUGGUCAAGAGUAAGACUUUCAGGUUCUGAAACCUGGUACACAAGUCUGGGAAGAGUAGGGUUUCUCAGAAUUUGAGUCCCUGGUUUCAGAUGAUCGUGGUCUUGAUGCUGUGUGUCUGACCAGUAGCACUGAGUGGGUUCUCGGCCAACCAGGCAUUUGCAGAGAGCAAAAGCCCUCGGAGGUCAUGCUAAGGCAUGUUCCUGUUGGUGAGAGGAACCACGAAAGGCAAGACUAAGUCCUGAUAAUCCAUUCUUUUUUUUUUUUUUUUUUU